AUGCGCAAGACCUCCACGACUCUUAUGGUGCAGCUGCUGCAAAACCUCUCCAUCCGAUUUCCCCCCAGUGAGGGCCUAGCCAGGAUCGUUAAAACCCCCGUCUCAGUAACACCCGCGAAAUUUCGGAAGGUGACGCUACCAUGGGAAGCGCCCAUUGUGAAUGCCUAGGGUACAUUUGCGGCCUUGAGGACAACGAGAGCAUCUGCGUUGCUGUGGGCGCCAUGGGGAAGGGAAUGGAUCACUUUGCCGAUGGGUGGGUUGAUGAAAAGACUGGUGUCAGCAAUCACUAG